CUGGCCCCUUCCCAUUGGCUACUUGUAUCGUUCAGCACACCCAUCAGACGAGGCUGUCCCCCUCCAAGUGCCCUGCAAGUGCUCUCCAAAGGGCUCCAAGUGCUACGGAACGGGAACCCCAUCACGCUGGAUCACACUUUACACCACAGUAAGGUAGGUACUUCCCUGCCCACCCAUGUUCUCAGCUAUGCUGACAUGCAUAUCCACGCUUCCUACUCUCGUUGAAAUUACCCUUUUACUGUCUCUCGAAUGCCUUCGUUCCUCGAAUUUCCUCGAAUCCCUCGAAAAUAAUCCUAAACUCUCGUUCAACGACAACCCGUAUUCUUACAACUCCGUUCCUUCGUCUCCGUAACCAUUUGUUAUCCUGUCCCUCCAAUGGGCUAAUGAUCAUAUCCAUACGCUCUCCGAAGCCGUACCCCUCUGACCCCUAGAACCAGAGUAGGCUUGACUGAGCAAAGAAUUACCCCCUCCCGCGACGACAAUCCGUCAGCCGUACGCACGAUCGAUUCGGUCAACCAACACACACACAUAGAGAAAGAGGACUUGACCCGGAGGCAGGCUAUCAAGCCGCUGCAGCUCGCCCGCCAUGUGUCUCUCUUUCUGGCGCCGCAAGACCGCCCCGAGCAACGAAAAGACACAAAAGAAACGAACCCUCACGAUGCCGCUAUGGUCCUCCUCCAACAAGACCUCCGCCAAUACCCUCAAGAAGAUGGUUGGCCUCACCACGAUCCUGGCACCUACACGAGACGGCUUCCACUUCCAGCCCGCUCCCCGGCCGAUGCCCCUCAUCAAUAUCACAAACGUCGACGGCGCUACCGACCCUUCGUCCUCGUCAUCGGCCGCAUCGGACCCCAAGGAGGCAGUAGUUUCGCCCAGCCCCGAUGAGAUCCUGCUCAGCCAGGCCAUUCGCGAACGUUUCGAGAAGAUAUUCAACGACCUACGCUCCCGCCGCUCUUCACUAUCCCGCGAACCUUUUGUGACCCGCGACCAACUACUCGUAUUCCUCGAGAAUACCCAGGGCGAGACUGAUGUCGAGGCUGUAUUGCCUGAGGGUCAGCAACGAUACAACUAUGGCGAGUUCCUCGAAUUGUGGUGGAGAAACUACGGCUGGGAUGCCACCCGCCCAAUAAAGGAGGGGGACAAGGACUUGAGCCGGCCCAUUACGAACUACUUCAUCAGCAGCAGCCACAACACAUACUUGGAGGGCAACCAGCUUGCCUCCAGGAGCUCACCCGAGGCUUACAAAACUGUCCUUCGCCGUGGAUGUCGGUGUAUCGAAAUUGAUAUCUGGAACGGAGACACACCCAUCACCACCCAAGAGGGCAGCCGCUCUCCCAAACCUGAUCACUCGAGGAAUCUGUCUGGCUCCUCCCUUCCCAACGUGGCUGCGAGCGUCAAGGAGACGGUGGAAGAUCUCCUGAUCGAACGCAGCACGAACGGCAAUGGCCAUAACAGAAACACCAGCACUGCCAGCAAAUCUCUGAAUCCUCGCGAUAGUGCCACUCUCCUGGGACCGAGCGAGUCCACCGACUCUCUCGGCAAAACCCUACGGCCCUCAUCGCCGACUCCCUCUAUGAAGAAUCGCCUGCCGUAUCCCAAGGAUGAGCCCAUUGUCACUCAUGGCUGGACUUUGACAACUCCCUGUGGCUUCAGAGAGGUCUGCAAGGCCGUUCGCGAGUCCGCCUUCGAGACGAACGAAUUACCCCUGAUUGUUAGUCUUGAGGUCCAUGCCGACAAGGAGCAGCAGGAGGUCAUGGUCAGGAUCAUGAAGGAGGAGUGGGAAGGCAUGUUGAUUGACAAGUCGUGGGAGGGCAUUGAUCCCCGGUUCCGCCUCCCCAAGCUCGAGGAGCUCAAGCGCAAGAUCCUGGUCAAGGUCAAGAAGGCGCCUAAUAAGAUUGAGGUGCCUCCCAGCACGACAGCCCUCUCUCAAGUGUUUGCCAACGACGAGGACGCUUCGGGUUCCGACGAUGAACGCAACAGGGAGGCACCUAAGCAAGAGACACCGAAACCACCCAUGACACCCAAGUUUGAUGCCCCGGCCAAGGUCCAUAGUGGAAACGAGCCGGCCAAGAGCACAAAGGUGGCAAUUUGCCAGGCACUCAGCAGUCUGGCUAUCUACACUCACAGCGAGCACUUCAAGAGCUUUGAAACACCGGCGGCUAAGAAGCCGAGUCACAUCUUUUCGAUAAGUGAGAACAGGAUCCUGGAACUGCACACGACCAAGGCCCGCGAGAUGUUCACGCACAACAAAAACUUCUUCAUGCGAGCAUUCCCCAACGGCUCGCGUGUCGACAGCUCCAACCCGGACCCCAGUCUCUUCUGGCGCAAGGGCGUGCAAAUGGUUGCUCUGAACUGGCAAUAUCUCGACGAAGGAAUGAUGCUCAACGAGGGCAUGUUCGCGGACGAGCUGGGAUGGGUCCUCAAGCCCGUUGGAUACCGCAGCACUGACAAGGACACGCUGACAGAGGUCGACGCCGCGCCGCAAGGCGACCUGGAGCUCACCGUCACCAUCAUCGCCGGCCAGCACAUCUUUGUCGACGACGAUUCUGCCAGCGACAGCAGCCGCGGUAAGCACCUCCGGCCAUUUGUCAAGUGCGAGCUUCACGUCGAGAUUGGAGCGCAGAACGGAAAGGCUGCGGACGAAGAUGACUUCAAGCUCAAGACGGGGUCGAGAAAGACUGACCACCCCGAGUGGGAGAAUGGAGCACGGCUCAAGUUCCCCAAGAUCUCGAGGGUGGUGGAGGAGUUGAGUUUCCUCAGAUUCAAGAUUGAGGAUGAUCCACUCCUCGGUGGCGACGAGCUUCUCUCGUGGGCAUGUAUCCGCCUCGACCGUCUACGUCCCGGUUAUCGCUUCAUCAGGCUCAUGGACACCAAGAACAGGCCGAUUGAAGGUGGUAAGCUGCUCGUAAAGAUCGACAAGGUGGUGCGGUAGAGACCCGCGCGUCCCGUCCGUCUGUCCGUGAUAUCGUAUACCGUACCCGGCCUAGGGGCAGAAGCGAAAAUGCUGUAACGCGCGAUGUGGCAGACAUUCUAGCAGGGAAAGCCUUUCUUUCCUUUUGUUCCUUUUUUUUUUUUUCUCUCUCUGGUUCUGCGGGUUUCCAUGGGAGGCUCUGAUAACUUUUUUUUUGCAUAACACAGUUGGCUAGUUGGGCGUUGGCAUGGCGUUCAUUCGUAUUCUUCUUCUUCUUCUUCUUCUUUCCUUUCUCGAGGCAAGCGAUACCUAUUUUCCCCCUGCUACAACCUAGAGUUUCAGGUUUUUUAUUCCCUAUCAAGCCACAAUUUUCUUUUAUUCUAUAAUUUCCUUUUCUUCUGAGCAUACACCGUACGCGGUAUAUUCGGAGAGGUUCCCUUUGUGUGUCUCGGGGAGUUUUUCUCCUGUUUUGAUCGAGAGGCAAAAAAUUGAGAAUCGGAUGGAAAACCAGCGGGAGAGACAAAGCAGGUCAUUUCAGAGUCAUGAGAGAGUCAUUUCCUUAUUUUGGGGCCGGGCGGCGGCGGCGGUGGUGUGAGAGAAGGAAAACCCCCUCUCUUGAUGAGGUCAGAAGAUCAAGAGACAGGAUUAUACGCUGGUGGGAAAGGAUUGUCUCAAGGUCACUGAGAUAAGACACACACACACACACACACACACACAUGAGAUACAAGACAGGGCGCAAAAGGACGAACAGCACACAUACAAACCUACAAACCUGUGGGGCGCCGAUCUUGACGCAGAGAAGCGCGAGGCGGGAUGGAACCCAAAAACCUACCGUAUCGUUCGUAGUGGAGAGGAAAUGAACAAAUCCAAGGUAUCUCAC